AUGUCUCUAAAUAUGGAUAAAGCGAUUCGAGGAGCGACAAAGCAAAAACGGGCUGCUCCAAAGAAGAAAUACCUCGAUGUUUUGAUUCCAGCCACUUCUAGGGAUGAUACUUUAGAAACAAUGUUUAUGUCGCUUGAUUAUCGAUUGAAGGAACACUCGUGGACGGUAGUUUUCAAAAGCCUCAUUGUCAUUCACAUCUUAAUGAGACUUGGUAAAAAUGAUCGCGUUUUAAACCAUUUGGUAAAGUAUCCGGGUUUAUUAAACGUUUCAGGUUUUAAAGAUAAAUCAGGCUCUCACGGUGUAGUGCAAACUAAAAAUAUACAUGCUUAUGCCAUUUACCUUGAAGAAAAAGUAGCGGUAUAUCGAGAAUUGAAAAUUGAUUUUAUAAAAGCUACAAGCGAGGAAGGUAUUGGACGAUUAAGGAAACUUACUGUUGCUAAAGGACUAUUGAGAGAAGUUAAAAUAUUACAGCGUCAAUUGGCGGCUUUAUUGAAUUGCAAGUUUUAUUUGGAUGAAGUCGAUAACGAAAUUACUUUAUUAGCUUUCAGGCUUUUGGUUAAAGACUUACUGGUUUUGUUUCAAGCUGUAAACGAAGGUGUUAUAAAUGUUUUAGAUCAAUUUUUCGAAAUGUCGAAAAUAGAUGCUAAAGAUGCAUUACGUAUUUAUAAGGCAUACGUUAAACAGACCGAAAGAGUGGUGGAUUAUCUAGGAGCAGCGAAAAAUAUACAAGUUUCCCUUGGAAUUGAUAUUCCUAAUCUAAAACAUGCACCUAUUUCAUUGACAUCUUCCCUAGAAGAUUAUGUCAACGAUCCGGAUUUUGAAAAUAACAGAGCGCAAUUUAAGUGUGCAAGGGAAAAACGAUAUAAAACACCAAAAGAGCAAUCGAUUUCAAGGAAACUCGUAAAUAAUAAUAAACCUUUUGAAAACAAAUCAGGAAAUGAUUCAAAAAUUGUUUCUAUAGCUUCUUUACCUGCUCCAUCUUUGACUACUCCAAGUAAUAAAGAAACUCCAACCAAAGAAAUUGACUUUAUUGAUUUUUUUGCAAGCAUUGAAAAAGAACACACUGUGAUUUUUGAUCAAAAUACGGUUACAAAUACUUUAGACACGAAUUCAUUGCCUUGCGAUACCGCUACUAAUCCCUUUUUAGUCAUGCAAAAUCAAAGUAAACAGUUUCCAAUGCGACAAAAUUUAAGUCAACAUACAUUUCAACCUGUAUCCACAAUGCAAGAUACCAACCCAUUUCGUUCGUCAAUUUACGUACAAGACCCAGUUCAUAUAUCACAAGCUUAUCAGAAUCCAUUCUUUCAAUCAUUAUCCACUAUUAAGAAUGUUUCGAAUCCAUUUGAUUCAAUUGAUUCCGGAACACAAUUCCAAUCUCAAUUAUCUCAACAAGCUAUACAACCCUCAUUUACAUCAACUUCAACAACUUUUGAUAAUAAUCCUUUUAGAAGGCUAUCUGUACCUCCAAGGCAGCAGACACAGUUAACGGGUUUUGUACAAUCAAUGCAUUCUCAAGAUUCAUCCGCCUCAAGUUUUCAAUCAACAGAUUCAGCAUUCUCUCAGAAUCGAUUCUCAUCAUAUUGA